AUGUCUAUCCAGUUUCCAGUUAUUCUUACAAUGUUAUCUUGGCAUAUUUUGCAGAAAGGUACCAAGAGGGUGCAUUUUGUCAGGAACUUGAUUAGGGAGGUUGCUGGAUUCGCUCCCUAUGAGAAACGUAUCACUGAGCUUCUUAAGGUUGGAAAGGACAAGCGUGCACUCAAGGUCGCCAAGAGAAAGCUUGGUACUCACAAGAGAGCAAAGAAGAAGAGAGAGGAGAUGUCAAGUGUCCUUAGGAAGAUGAGGUCUGCUGGUGGUGGUGGUGCUGGUGACAAGAAGAAAUAGAGAUGGG